GAGGAGGCAGUUGAAGCCGUGAAUGCUAAAUGUUCGUCUCUGGAGAAGACCAAACACAGGCUGCAGAAUGAGAUUGAAGAUCUCAUGGUGGAUGUAGAGAGGUCUAAUGCUGCUGCUGCUGCUCUGGACAAGAAGCAAAGAAACUUUGACAAGAUUUUGGCAGAAUGGAAACAGAAGUACGAGGAGUCUCAAACAGAGCUUGAGGGCGCUCAGAAGGAAGCUAGGUCUCUGAGCACUGAGCUCUUCAAACUGAAGAACUCCUAUGAAGAAUCUCUUGAACAUCUGGAGACCAUGAAAAGAGAGAACAAGAAUCUGCAGGAGGAAAUAUCUGAUCUCACUGAGCAAAUUAGUGAGGGUGGAAAGAAUAUUCAUGAGCUUGAGAAGAUUCGAAAACAGCUGGAACAAGAGAAGUCUGAGAUUCAAACAGCCCUGGAGGAAGCAGAGGCCUCUCUGGAGCAUGAGGAAGGGAAGAUUCUGAGAGCCCAACUUGAGUUCAGCCAGGUUAAGGCUGAUAUUGAGCGCAAGCUGGCCGAGAAAGAUGAAGAGAUGGAGCAAGCAAAGAGAAACCAACAGCGAAUUGUGGAUAAUCUACAGAGCUCUCUUGAGGCAGAGACUCGCAGCAGGAACGAGGCGCUCCGUUUGAAGAAGAAAAUGGAGGGAGAUCUCAAUGAGAUGGAGAUCCAGCUUAGCCAGGCCAACAGGCAGGCUGCUGAGGCCCAGAAACAACUUAAGGCUGUUCAUGCUCAUCUGAAGGAUGCUCAGCUCCAGCUUGAUGACUCUCUUCGAGCCAAUGACGAUUUGAAGGAAAACAUCGCCAUCGUUGAGAGGCGCAACAAUCUGCUUCAGGCUGAAGUUGAGGAGCUCAGGUCUGCUCUGGAGCAAACUGAGAGAGGUCGCAAACUUGCUGAGCAAGAGCUGCUGGAUGUUAGUGAGAGGGUGCAGCUACUGCACUCACAGAACACCAGCCUACUAAACCAGAAGAAGAAGCUGGAGGCUGAUACAACCCAGCUUCAGACUGAAGUGGAGGAAGCGGUGCAGGAGUGCAGAAACGCUGAGGAAAAAGCCAAGAAAGCCAUCACUGAUGCUGCCAUGAUGGCAGAGGAGCUGAAGAAAGAGCAGGACACCAGCGCUCACCUGGAGCGUAUGAAGAAGAACAUGGAGCAAACUAUCAAAGACCUGCAGCACCGUCUGGAUGAAGCUGAACAGAUCGCCAUGAAGGGAGGCAAGAAGCAGGUGCAGAAGCUCGAGGCCAGGGUCAGGGAACUUGAAACCGAGGUGGAAAAUGAACAAAAACAUGCCAGUGAUGCUGUAAAAGGAGUGAGAAAGUAUGAAAGACGUGUAAAGGAGCUUACCUAUCAGACAGAAGAAGACCGAAAAAACCUAGCACGUCUUCAAGAUCUGGUGGACAAGCUGCAGCUAAAGGUCAAAUCGUACAAGAGAGCUUCAGAGGAGGCUGAGGAACAGGCCAACAAUAAUCUCACCAAGUUCCGUAAGCUUCAACAUGAGCUGGAUGAAGCUGAAGAGAGAGCUGACAUCGCUGAGUCCCAGGUCAACAAACUACGUGCCAAGAGUCGUGAUGUGGGCUCAAAGAAAGGACACGACGGGGAGUGAACCUCAAGGAAGGAAUUCUAGUUUCUGAGACACCUGAUGUCUGAAUAGUGUCUCCCUAAGCAUGGCAAUUCUUCAGUAGAAUAAAAUGUAUCUGCAUCUCAAA